UUCGCCGUCGCCGCCGCCGCCGCCGCCGCCUCCUCCCAAUCUACUCUGAAGCCAAAUGGCCGCUGCACCAUCUUCGACUUAUAGAGCCAACGGCAACGCCUACUAAAGGAAUCGAAGGAAUCAGAUCUACAAUUAAUCCAGGAAACCUUCCCUGCCCAGUGGUGUGUGCAACAGGCGAGCAAGUAGGAGUGUCUGGUUCCAAGAGAAAGCGUCGGAAGCAUUACGUUUACCUUGUUUUUGAUGACUGGUCGUACGGAUAUAGCAUCCACAAGGUAAACUUGUUUCCCUGCUCUCGCCGACGUAAGCAGACUGCAUUCUCAGCACCAGCCGAUGUGCCGUGCCUGCCUCCGGCACUCUUCCGCUUGGAGGCAGCGCAUGGGUCGCCAGAGUACUUCGCCUCAGCCUUUGGCACCAGGAUCUUGGCGAUGCAUACCAGGGAUCCCGGAGGCAAGAGAUUGUUGUCCGGGACCUUCGUCCCCAUGUUGGACGUCUCCUCGCUGAGCAUGACCUUUUGCCCUGGCCAGGAAUAUCCGAUUAAUCCCAUCUAUCUCUCCGUCGGCAAUACUAGGCUAUUCUGUCUCAGCGAAGCCUCCUUCGAGAUGCUCCACUGGGAACCUCUCUGCCCCCCGCCGCUGGGUCGACGUCGCAGCAAGGAGUGGUCGUGGCAACGGCUUGAGAAACCGCCAUUCAAGAGUUAUAACGUCACGUCCUACGCUGUGCAUCCCCAGAGAUGUACCAUCUUCGUCAGCACCAAGAUGAACGACAUUGAGGCCACCUUUUCCUUUGACAUGGAAAAGCAAAAGUGGGAACAACUUGGCAGUUGGGCGCUGCCCUUCGCAGGCCGUGGUCACUUUGAUCCGUACCUCAAUGCCUUUGUUGGGCUCUCCAAAGAUUCUGACACCCUUGGCCAAGUCUACUCCUGCUGCUUGUCCAGCUCCAGCACUGGCCACGGCCUUGAGUGGAAGCUCGGCAAGGAGAGGCUGUUCAGUCAGGACCCAGCUGAGAGGCAUGUAGGCGCCACCCUAGUCUACGUGGGCCAGAGCAAAUUCUGCUUAGUGCAGUGCGUCUCCAUUGAGGAUGAAAGCGAUGGUCCGAAGCUUAAGGAAGAGGGAAAUGUGGGCGGACCUGUUUACCGUACCGAGGACCGGGGUGCUGAUCUGAAGCUCAAUGAAGGAGAUGUUCAGGAGCUCAAGGAAGAGGGAGAUGUUCAGGAGCUCAAGGAAGAGGGAGAUGUGGAUGGACCCGGUUACUCUAUUGAGGACGAGGGAUAUGAUCAGGAGCUCAUGGACGAGGGAUAUGAUCAGGAGCUCAUGGAAGAGCGAUAUGUACCUUGUUGCUGUCUGUAUCGUUUGACCACAUUUUCUCUCAGCUAUGACAUCAAAGGAGACCUGACGACUGGCAAUAGUUGUCGGGUGCUAUACUAUAAAGUGCCUGAAGCGAUCACUUCGUCAUUCCUCGUUGAAGAUCCUGUCGCAUUUUGCAUGUAAUAAAGUGCUCUGUGGUAUUCAGUUACUAUGUUUACUUUUCACUUGGUUGUGGCUCCAUGUCAUUUUUACUUUAAUGUAUUACCUUCCUAUGUUUA